AUGGAGAAUAAUAACCUAAAAGAAAACAACAAGCAAGAUAUGGUUGAUGACAACUUAACACCACCAGUAUCACCGAUUGGUAGUCGGAGGUACGGGAAUAAAAAAAUGAGUGUUGGUGUUAUCACGAGCGGUGGCGAUUCACAGGGAAUGAACAGCGCGAUUCGUGCAGUUGUUCGCGAAGUUCUUCGACGAGGAUGUGCUUGUUAUUUGAUCCGAGAAGGAUUUUCUGGAUUGAUCAGUGGAAACAUAGACAUCGCUAGUUGGGCGACUGUUGCUAAUGUUACUAACCUCGGAGGCACUAUGAUUGGAACUUCGAGAUGUCAUGAAUUCAGAACUUAUGAAGGUCGCAAAACGGCGGCGAAACAAAUGUUUCUUCGAAAAAUGUUUCAUUUGGUCGUUAUAGGAGGAGACGGAAGCUUGACAGGAGCUCAGAUUUUGAAGGAAGAAUGGGGAAAAAUUGGAGAGGAACUUUAUGCCGACGGUUCGAUCACGGAGGAAGUUGCAAAUGCUGGUCGUGAGCUGCAAAUCGUUGGAAUUGUUGGAUCGAUUGAUAAUGAUUGUAUGGAGACUGACAAAUCAAUAGGAUCCGACACGGCGUUGCAUAGGAUUGUUGAAUGCAUUGAUGGUCUCGUCAUGACUGCUCAAUCGCAUCAGCGGAUUUUCGUUGUUGAAGUCAUGGGACGAUAUUGCGGAUAUCUGGCACUAACGGCUGCUCUCGCAGUUGAAGCCGACUAUGUCUUCUAUCCCGAACAACCCCCAACGGAAAAUUGGCCGGAGAAAUUGUGCAACAGACUGGAAGCCGUUCGAAAGGAAGGAAAACGACAAAAUAUUGUUAUAUUAAGUGAAGGUGUUACCAAUGUGAAGGGUCAGAAGUUGGAAGCGAAACAAGUGAAAAAUGAAAUUGAAACUCGGUUGAAUGUUGAAGUACGAAUCGCAACACUCGGCCAUCUUCAGCGUGGAGGAGUUCCAUCAUUUCUGGAUCGAUUGCUAGGGCUCAGAAUGGGAUACGAAGCAGUUCGGGAAGUUUUAAAAUCGGGACCAGAUGGAAAAUCAACGGGGUCGCACAACACUGCCAGAAUAAUGUGCUUAAAAGGCCAUUGCAUGGCUAAUCAGGAUAUGGUUAAAACAUUGCGAAAAACUCAAUGUGCAACCGACGAAGCUCGACAUCGCAAUUUUGAUAUAGCAAUGAAACUUCGAGGUCAUGGAUUUACUCAGAAAUCCAAUAUUAUGCAAUAUGUUGCCCAACCUCUCAAAGAACCAGUGGAUACGAAUUCAAAAGUUUUCGCAAUUAUACAUGUCGGAUCGCCGUGUGCUGGAAUGAAUGCCGCGACAUUUGCAUUCACAAGGAUAGCUAAUCAUUUCAACAUCUCAGUGAUUGGCAUUCGAAAUGGAUGGGAAGGAAUGAUAAAUAAUGACUAUACGCUUUUGAACUGGCGGAAUGUUGAAGGAUGGUCUUCGAAAGGUGGAAGUAUGCUGGGAACACGCCGUCAAAUUCCCACGGAACUCGACAAAAUUGCCCAAGCAAUGAACGACUUGAAAAUUGAUGGUUUGGCUAUUGUUGGAGGUUUUGAUGCUUAUUUGUCAACGUUAGUCUUAUCACAAAAUAGGCCCGACUAUCAGGCGUUUAAUGUUCCGAUGGUGUUGAUCCCAGCGACUAUUUCCAAUAAUUGCCCUGGAACUUGCACAUCUCUUGGGAGUGACACUGCUCUGAACGAGAUUUGUCGACAAGUUGAUCAUUUAAGACAAGGAGCAAUUGGAAGCGCAAACAAAGUGAUGAUUAUUGAAACCGGAGGAACACGAUGCGGAUAUCUGACUUCGAUGGCAGCUCUUGCAACGGGUGCCGAUGUCGCACUGAUUCAUCAAGUGAAACACAACGAAGAAGACAUUCAUCGCAUGGCACGAGAAGCAAAAAAGAAAUUGGCCACCGGAAAACAUGAACAGUUUAUUGUUAUUCGUUCGGAGGGGGCUAAUGAUGAUCUACCGUCAAAAAAAGUUCGCGCUAUUUUUGAUAGCGAACUGAAAGGAAAGUUCUCUUGUCGUGUUACUACUUUGGGAUACGGACAACUUGGAGGUCAUCCGACAUGUUUUGACCGUCAAAUGGGAAUUCGAAUGGGGAUUCGGGCAUUUGAAGGAAUCGUGAAUCCGGCAAGAAUGGGAAAACGAGAUUGUUGUGUUAUUGGACUUCGUGGAAAUAAGCUCAAAUAUGUGCCAGUUUCUGGUUUGAGAAAGAAAAUUUGUCCUGUUCAUCGUAUCCCUCUUCAACUUUGGUGGCUUGACAUUCAUCCUCUUGUUGAGAAGCUUUCUUGGAAACCGCUCGAUCGAAAUGUCGACGAUGUUGUGAAAGUCAAACCAGAAUGA